AAGACGUGAAGGAAGAGUUGUUACAAGGGCGGGAAAAGUUGAAGCAAAACGACGCCGACACGGCACGAUUUCGACGGGAGCGCAAUGAAGCUGUCAAUGAGCGAGACACUUUGCUCAACUCCGUUGAACGUAAAACAAUGGAAGUCCAGCGGUUGCAGGCCGAUGUUAUUGCUCUAGAACAGAAGUUGAAGGCCGCUAACGUAACCAAAUGCGAGGCAUUGGCUAAGCUGGAAGAAAUCCAAAGUAAGGAGUUCUCCCUGGAUUUCAAGGAGAAACGCAUGGACAAAGAGCUAGCAAUGCGGGAUAACCAUAUUAAAAAGUUAACGGACGAAUGGAACAGGGCGUUGCAGGACUUGCAAAAUGUUCGCCGUGAACAGAACUUCAAGUCUUUGACAACUGACGCCAAAUUGUCGGAGAAGACUGAAGAACUGAAAAUUGCUACUGCUCAGAUUGCGCAUCUCAGCGAACAGAACCAGGAGCUGAGCGCCAAGGCAGAGGAAUUGACAAAUCGAAUGCUGCAACAAAAUGAAGAAACACGUAAAAUGAUAGACCACUACCGGAAAGAACUGCAGUCUCAAACCAAGUUGUGUGAACUGUACCAAGAGGACUGUGAGGAUAACAAAAAACAAAGCGAAGAACUUAGCGCAGCCGUUUCCGAACUAAAGAAGCUGCUGAAUGAGGCCAGUGAUUCCUACGGUAAACUGGAAACUCAACAAAAAUCUCUAGUUCUCAAACACGAGAAAGAGUUAGAGAGUAAGGAUCAAAAUAUUCAACAGCUCAAAGACGAACUGAAGCAUGCCAACGAACUUAUUCAGUUGGCCAAGGAGGAAAGCUUACAGAAUGCCGUUGAAAAGUUGGCCCCAACAGCUGCUGCUACUAGUCGCAUGAUAAAAUCUGGUAUGACCUUGACUGAGCUGUACACGAUGUACGUCAAAACAGCUGAAGAUUUGCAGGUUGAGAAGAAGGAGAACAGCAAACUGCAGCUGCAAAUAAAGAACAUCGUACAGGAACUGGAAGAGCGUGCCCCAGAAUUAACGCGUCAACAGAACGAUUAUCAGAACAUUAAAGACGCCAACGAGGAAAUGAGCGCGCAGUUGAACAAGCUGAUCGAAGAAAAUGCCGAGAUACGCUCAGAGCUGGUGUCGAUGCAGGACAAAGUACGUUAUCUGGAUGGAGAAAACAAGAAAUACAAAUUGGAACGCAGUGAUCUUAGUCGGCAGAUUUGCCACCUGCUCAGAGAGAUUGAACAAAUGCGAGGCGGGUAUGCUUCGGAAGCUGAUCAAUCUAUUUCAGCGGAUAUGAGUGCUAACGAGGUGAUCACUAAGAAGUUGGUUACUUUCAACGACAUUCAAGAACUCCAGGAAAACAACGUGAAGUUGCUUUUGGUAGUGCGCGAUUUCAGUGCUAAGCUAGAAGAACUGGAGGUUGCACAAAAUGCUAUGAGUCAAGCAACGUUUGAAGCUAAAAUAGCGUCAUAUCAAAAGAGGCUUCAGGAAAUGCAAGAAACACAAGAGUAUCAAACUCAGAUGAUGCAGCAGUGUAUUCAACAGCGGGACCGUUACAAGAAAAUGUAUCACGAUGCCAUGCGUAGCUAUAGCGCUGUUGGAGGCAAAGCUAAUUUGGGUGCAAGUCUGAAUGGAUCUUUGACGGGAGAAAAUGCUGAUAUUGCUAUGGAUGAAGAAAUUCCUAGUGCAUCCACUGUGAGUGCAAUGUCCAGCGAAGCAGUUGCUGUAAAGGAUAAGAAGAUUGCGGAACUAGAAGUUAAAGUUAAAGAAAACCAACAACUGCUGGCUUCGUUGAAGGAAGAAUAUGAUAACUAUCGCAAAGAGAAAUUAACGAACGAUAAAAUGAUGAAUGAGCAGUUCGAUGCAAUGCGAACUGAAAUAAGAGAGCUUUCUUCCAAGAACGUCAAACUAGCAGCCACUGUUGAGUACAACAACGAACAGAUCAAGAUCCAACAAAAGAAUGUGGCUACUUAUAAGAAACAAAUAGCUACUCUUGAAGAAAGGAACAAAAACUACGAGGCAACAAUCUCUAAACAGGAAGCAAACAUCAUGUAUCUCAAGGACGAAACUAUGAGUGCACAAUCUAAAUUGGCCAGGGCUGAAGUGCAGGUCGAAAGUUUGAAACAUGAAUGCCGUAUCUUGAAGGACGGCGAAUCUCGUCUGCAAACUGAGCGCGAAAUUCUCAAUCGUGAACGCCAAAAUCAGAACUUGUUGUUGAACAAUCUUGAAAUGAUUAAGGUGACCAUGGAGCGUUCUGAGGCGGAAGGCCGUAUUCGAUUAGAAACUCGCCUGGAUGAAACUUCUCGUGAAUGUUCCGCUCUGCGACGCCGUUUACAGGAAGAACAAGAUCGGUUUAGAGAGCUGACAUCACAUUUAGAACGUCAAAUGCAGACAGCCAAACAACGCAUGGAGGAAGAGAUAGUUGUAGCCGAAACUGUUCAAGCUGAGCUGAAAAAUGCACGCGAUGAACUAGAGAUCAAGUCGCGUAAAAUCGAUGACCUCAGCCGGAAAUUGCAGGAUACACUGUCGCCAAAUGAUGAAGACAACCCUGUAACACAGGCGAAUAAGAAGAUCCGUGAACUCGAGCAGAGGAUCAAAGAAAAUGACAUCGAAAUUGAAUCACUCAGAAAGGAAUUGGCUACAACAAAGGAACACGUUAAGCAGUACUGCAAUAUGUCUGAAUCAUCGGAGAAAGAAUUGAAAGAUCUUAACGAACUUUACACAACCUAUAAGAACCAGAGCGAAGUGGAAAUUACUGCCCUCAAGAAAAGCGAAGCAGAGCUAAAGGCACAGGUCGAAGAGUUGAAGACGGACAUUUCCCUUAAGAAGACAGGCGAACAAUUGACAACAUCAACCGAUACAGAAUCGGAACUGCACAAGGCAAAGGUCGAGUUGAAGGAAGCCCUCGAGAAAAUCAGCGAAAAUAAUAAAGAUUUGCGAGAAUGGCGCGAGAAGAGCACCUCACUCCAAGAACAGCUGCAGGUGGCCGAACAGAAGUAUGCUAACGAAAUGGUUCAGCAUUCAGCCGACAUACAACAGCUCACCAGUUUGAAGGAUGAUGUACAGAAAACGCAACUGAAGUUCGAGGAGCUGAAACAGGCUCGUGAUCAAGCUGUUGAUCGUUUGAAUGCUAGCGAGGACAGCUGGAAGAAACGAGAGGAGAUGAUGCGAAAACAGAGUGACGAGCUUGAAGAGCGGUUGACUGAUUUGAAUGCCCAGAACGCUGCCUUGCAUGAUCAGAUACAAAGUUUGAGCACGAAACUUUCCAUAACGGCGGCACAAGCACUGGAACAGAAAAAGGAUGAUGAAUCAAUGCACGACGAGAGCACUGCCGGCCCAGAGGAUACAUCCCUGUUGAACCGAUCUAUCACGGAUGAAGAGAAACGGUCGGUUGAUCAACUGCUGCAGAUUAUCAAAUUCUUACGUAAAGAGAAGGAUAUUGCAGUAGCCAAGUUUGAUAUCCUGCGAUCGGAGAAUGUACGCGUUCAGUCGGAGCUUUCGAUGUUCCAGAAAAAAUUAGAUGAAGCUACAGCUGAACUGACAGCCGAGAGAGAAAAAUCGGAAACAGGCCUAGUUACGGCUGCCAAACAUGAAGAAAUUUUGAGAAAGCUCGAAACAUUCAAUGCAAUUACCGAUAGCAACCGAGUUUUACGGGAAGAACGCGAUGGUUUGAAUAAGAAAAUAAAAGAAUUAUCGGAGCGUUUGUUGAAGGCAGAAGAUGAGCUGUUCCCACUCGGUGACAAAGUACGUGAGCUAACAGUGAAGAUUGAAUCUGCAACGAAUGAAAAUCAAACCUUACGUAUGGAAGCUACCCGAUGGAGGCAGCGAGCUAAUUUGUUGAUUGAGCGAUCCAACAAAACUAGCCCGGAAGAUUGGAAGCGUCUGCAAACCGAAAGAGAGAAUUUGGCAAAGAUGCUAACCAACGAAAAGGAAUUGUUGAAGAAAACUAGUGAAGAAUUGAAUGCUGUUAAGACGGAAAAAGGAAAACUGGAGUCGGAGGUAUCAAAUUUGACUAAACAGUUGAAUAGCUCGUCUGAUCAAAACAAGAAAUAUGCAGAGGAAUUAGAUGUACUGCGUCAAGCGGGAGCAAAAAUGACCAAGGAGAUUGGUGAAGUUAAGGCAGCAUUGACCAAGCGAGAAGAAGAGCUUAAAACAAUGACGGACGAGAUGAACAGCAAGGAAGAGCAAUUGAACGAUGCUAAAAACAAGGAAACGCAAAUCAGGAAGAUUGCUAAGAGGUAUAAGGACUCGUACAUUGAAUUGAAGAAGCAAGUAGAUGAACAGGAGGGCAAAACGGCAGGCGAAGGAGGAGAAGCUGGCGAAGGAAGCAGUGGUACGGAUCAGCAAGAUAAACCUGCUGAAAACAACGUAUCUGAACUGAAAUCGCAAAUCACUUCAUCGCAGGAAGAGAUUGAUAACUUGAAGAAGGAGUUGGACACGAUGAAGACUAAAUUAGAGAAGUCAGAUCGCAAUCAAGAACUAAUGAAAGAUGCCAAGCAGAGGAUAAUUAGCUUAACCGAACAGAAGAACAACUUGACAAAAGAAUUGACCAACGCUAAAGCUCAAAUGCAGUCUCUGGAGCAUGUACGUGAUGAAAAUGAAUUGCUCAAAUCACAGUUUGAAGGAAGAAUAUCUCGUAUAAAUAAGGAGAAUGCCGACCAAGAUAAAGAAAAGGUCGAAAUGAUUGCCCGAUUGACCCGUGAAAACGAACAGUUGAAUAUUCGUGUUACUCAAUUGACGCGUCAGUUGGGACUUCAACAGGCAACUAAACCGUCAACGAGUGCUUCAGGAUCAUCGGAGAAAACUUCUACCGAAAGUCCGCGUACUGCCAACGUUAAGCCUAUUCCAGGUCCAAGUGCUCAACAGUCUGCUACAGUUACUCCGCGAAGAGCUAGUGAAACUCCUCUGGCUAGCAUUCGACCAAUGUCAGUUCAAGCAAGUAGCCGCACGGCAGCAGUUUUACCAACCAGUCAAUCCUCGAAUAAUGUAGCCAUCGUUCAGGGUUCUUCUUCGAGCUCCGGAACGGGUAGUGUGACUGCUUUAGUUCCACCGCAGCAACAAGUGCAUACGACUGGUGGCAGCAAUAACAGCUCCAAUGAGUCGAUGUCUUCUUCACCGACAAGCUCGCACACCGAUUACAUGCCGGCCACUAGCUCAGCGAAUGUUGCAGUAGCAGCCGUACCACCCAUGGGCACUGCCUCAACGGCGUCUUCAAGCGCCGAAAGUAGUUCGCAACAGGAGAACGAAAGCAUUCCAGCUCAACAGCAAAACGAACCGGGCCCGUCACAGAUCCACGUUUCCGGUGGUCAAUCGUCUCAAACCGUGGCCAUGGUUUCGCCGCACAUCGAAGGCAUACCUCAAAACAGUAACGUUGUAGCCCCGUCCGUUCAAUCGUCUCCUCAGGUACAGCAGCCUCCGGCACAAGAACAGCAAAACCCUUCUCCGAGCACUAGCGGAACAUCCUCGAAUGCCCAAUCUAUUUCCUUGAGCAGUCACCAUCAAGCUUCGACAUCCAGUAACACCGUGACGACAAGUCAAGGUGCUGCCGGUCACAAGCGGCCUCGUGAUAUUGAAGGUGAUAGUUCCACGGACAACGUCGAGCAACCUAGCGAAAAGUCUGCUCCAGUCAACAAACGUACCCGGAUGCAAGGUGGCGAGACAUUUCAGGGAGUGAGUGAAUCUGGUUUAGAAGUUGAGUAUCAGGUCCCUACGUCAUCGCAGCGAGACCAAGAGGAUGACAUAAUAGUGGUUGAUUCUGAGGAAGAUGACGAAGGAAUGGCCGAUGAAGGUACAGCCGAUGAGGGCACAGCGGAGGCUGAUGAUGGUCCGUUCGAGGGAUAUGAAGCUGAAGAAGCGUAUGAGCAGGAUGAACCUGAAAUGGCGGGUAACUACGAUGAAGGCGAGGGACCAGAUAUUGACGAAGAUAACGUCCAAUCAGCCAAUAACGAAGUUGAGGUAGAUGACGAUAACGAAGUCCCUAACCAGUCGGGCACCUCGUCAACUUCGAAAUCCCAAGUUGCUCCGGAUGCUGAAUCAUCGAGUACGAUGGUUGGACAAAGUAGCAGUGCAGGGCCCUCGACUUCCACCACAGAUGGCCCAGCUACCAGUGAAAGUAGCAGUGCAGCUCAGCAAUCUUCAAACGAAGUGCAACAAAUUCAGAGCAUCAGCAGUGGUAGCGGAGAACCGUCUUCCGGGCCAACAACAUCCUCUUCUACGGCAUCUACAUCUGCCAAUGCUGCUUCGACGGCAUCCUCAUCGUCGACCUCUUCAUCAGCAGCAACUGCUACCGCAUCCCCAGCCCCUUCCCAGAGUCGUCGUCAGGUAAAUCCAAUCGCUCGGCAGCAACAGCAGCAGUUGAUGCUUAUGCAACAAAAUUAUGAAGAAAGCGCGGACGAUCGAAUCGUUCCUAGCACACCGACGUUGUACGUUACCCGACGCAACGAUGGGACAUAAACAAUUCAGCGACAGUGCUACGACACAGUAGACGUUAGCCAGCGUAGCUACGUUGCAGGUGAUCAUCUUGUUCCAGCAUAACCGCACAUACAGACAAGAGUAUAUUCUCAUCCUUCCCAGCAGUAGAACUUUCUAGUGUACGGGAGCUAUUUUUAUUCGUAAUCGUAAAAGCUACGGUUAACAGAGCUACCUACCAGGUUUCUUUAGCCUUGUAGUUCUUGUCAGUAGUAAUGAACCUAUCCCAGCGGCAGGUAAAUACCAACCAACUUCCUCAAAAGUGACGAUCAAUAGUACAGGCAAACCUUAUAUGUGUUACGUGUUUAUUUUUCGAAUAGAUAUGAAAUUAUUUAGCUACUUAAAACUCGCAGAAAGAUACACAACAACAACAAAAAGUCUUGGUGAACAUGGUUUGAUAAUAUUAUAAUUCGGUAAUCUUCAGUUCGUAAAAUGUUCUAGAUUUCUACUCAGUACUUUAAAUUGUCAUAGUUUGAUCGUUCGUUUUGUACCGGGCCGCUCUUAUAGUAAACAUGUUUUAAAUGGCCGUCAGUGUGUAACAACAAAAUUAAAAAUAGAAUGUGUCGACCGUAGAGUGAAAAAUAAAAAAAAAAACGAUAAAACCUUGGACUGAUAAAAUAAAAGCGAGAGAAGGAAUCUAUUAGAUAUAUCCUGCAUAGAAA